AGCAGAGCAGGGACCAGACUAACUCCUGAACCAGGACCAGACUAACUCCUGGCUCCGGUCCCUCGCGGUGCGCUGCUGGAUUCUGGCACUUUUUUGGCACAUUUACGCACAAAAACAGAGAAAAAAAGAGGCAGAGAGAAAGUUUGCAGCGGGACUCUGAGCUGCUGGACUGGAGGAGAGAGUUGUAAACAUCAGCAGGAGGAGAAGAAGAAGGAGAAGAGGAGGAUGAUGAUGAUGAUGAUGAUGAAGAAGAUGAUGAUGCUGCUGGGAGAAUAUUUCUAACAGAAAGUCUCUCUGUGUGUGUUUCACCUGCUCGAGGAGACUGAAACCAUUCUGAGGCGGCGGGCUGCAGAGGUGACGCGAGGACAGCGGGACCGGGUCCUGGUCUCCGGUUUCAGCCGCUCCGGGGGCUCCUCCACCUCCUCCUCCUCCUCCUCCUCCUCCUCCAUCUGACCUGCAGGAUAAGUUGUCAACAAGAGCAGAGAGAGUGGAGGCGGACUGGCAGGUGGACAAGUUCAUCUCCAUGCAUCCACCUAAAUAUAGACGCAGCCAGCAGCCUUAAUAACUUCUCCUCCUGCUCCUCCUCCUCCUGCUGCUGCUCCUCCUGCUGCUCCUCCACCCUCCGCGGCCUGCAGGCAGACAGAGGAGCAGCUCCGGACUAUAUUUAUCCGCGCCGCGGCCGUGCAGGCUGCUGGUCUGGCUGUGAGGGGGGGGGGUCCCCGCAUGGACUGACAUGGCCGCAGACCACCUCGCCAUGAGCGCAGAGCUGCCCACGAGCCCUCUGGCCAUCGAGUACGUCAACGACUUCGACCUGAUGAAGUUCGAGGUGAAGAAGGAGCCUCCGGAGGCGGAGCGCUACUGCCACCGCCUCCCGUCCGGCUCGCUCUCCUCCACCCCCAUCAGCACGCCCUGCUCCUCGGUGCCCUCCUCGCCCAGCUUCUGCGCUCCGAGUCCCGGCGCGCCCCCGAACCCGAGUCUGAGCAGCAGCAGCGGGGUGACCAGUAACACCAGUAACACCAGUAACAACCACGGCAGCGGCGGCGCGGCGGGGGGCAAGCCGCAGCUGGAGGACCUGUACUGGAUCCCGAGCUACCAGCACCACAUCAACCCGGAGGCCCUCAACCUGACCCCGGAGGACGCCGUGGAGGCCCUGAUCGGGAACGCGCACCACCACCACCACCACCACCAGGCCUACGAGGGCUUCCGGGGCCAGCAGUACGUGGGGGAGGACCUGUCGGCGGCCUCGGGGGCCCACCACCACCACCACCAGGGCCACCACCACCACCACCACCACGGACACCACCACGCGCGCCUGGAGGACCGCUUCUCCGACGAGCAGCUGGUGAGCAUGACGGUGCGGGAGCUGAACCGGCAGCUGCGCGGCUUCAGCAAAGAGGAGGUGAUCCGGCUCAAGCAGAAGCGGCGCACCCUGAAGAACCGGGGCUACGCGCAGUCCUGCCGCUUCAAGCGCGUCCAGCAGAGACACAUGCUGGAGACGGAGAAGUGCAGCCUGCAGAGCCAGGUGGAGCAGCUGAAGCAGGACGUGCUCCGCCUGGCCAAGGAGCGGGACCUCUACAAGGAGAAGUACGAGAAGCUGGCCAGCAGGAGCUACCCGGCGGGAGGAGGAGCAGGAGGAGGAGGAGGAGGCGGCAGGGAGCCGCAGGGCAAGCAGAGCGGCGGAGACUUCUUCAUGUGA